CAUCUGAGUCCGUUCAUGUGGUGUCACUGCAGGCACAGAAGGCCCAAGGACAAAGUGCACCCGCCAACAGAGACAUAACAGCCAAAACUACACAAUCAGAGCCACCUGAAUACGAAGCCCGGGACAUUAGUGUCAGGGUCAUAUCUCCAAAGUCUGUUCUUAUUUCCUGGGUUGACCCUGCUGUUGAAAUGGGAAAAGUUGCGCCGGGAGCAUCCAGGUCGUACACAGUCAGGUUCAGGGAGAAAGGUGAGUCAGCACGCUGGGAGUACAAGGAAAGCACCCAGAGGAGAUUGAUGAURGACACCCUGUCUGCUGACGGCAUGUACGAGUUCUCCGUCAGGAUCUCUCAGGGAGAAAAACACAGCAAGUGGAGCGUCUCCGUGUUUCAAAGGACUCCUGAGUCCGCYCCAUCUGGACCACCUGAAGAUUUUGAGGUCAAGCCACUACGAGGAAAAGGAACUGCUGUCAUUGCAACGUGGAAUCCUCCAGAAGAACCCAACGGCAGGAUAAGAGAAUAUAUCUUGUCUUACGCCCCUGCAAUGAAACCGUUUGGCAUGAAAAGUAUCACAUACCGUGGUGGCACCACCACAGCCACCAUAGAUGGUCUGACCCCAGGAGAGCGUUACAUUUUCAAGAUAAGAGCCACCAACAGGAGGGGAAUGGGACCACAAAGCAAGGCCUUCAGCGUAGCCAUGCCACAGUCCAGGAGUGCUGGCUCGUCAUUUUCCAAAACAGUGGACAGCCAGAGGAGCAGCCACACYUCUUCUAAACAGGAUGUGGACGACGAAGAACCCAAUCCUCCGACAAAAGAGYUGCCAGAGGAACAAACUACAACCCCUAAGCCACCCAUCAAGCGUGUGCGCCCACUCUCCCAGUCACGCUCCUACCACAGUAUCUUUUCUUCCGUCAGAGGCUCAGUCAGGAAUGGGAUAAACAGAGGUUCAGCUAAAGAAAAGGUUCAAGAAAAUGAGGAACAAGAAGAAGAUAAAGUACCCACAACUCCACCUCCUACAGAAGAGACAACUACGGAAGCCAUGCCAGAAACAGAAGAUCUAGACAACAAUGUCUCCCUUCUGUCUGAGGAUGAACUUGAAUAUAUCAAAGAGCCCAUGACUACUGAAACCCCAAGUCUUAAASUUUUAACACCCUCUCCAACCAAACCUGUGCAUAAAAGUCCUUAUCAACCAAACAGAAGGCCGGUUAAGAUUAGGGUUCAUCAAAAAGCUGAAUCAAAGGUUACAUCCUCCUCAUCAUCACCCAAAAAUCCCUCUUCAUCUUCAUCAUCAUCAUCCUCUGCAACGUUAUCAUUCCCUUCUUCACGUAUUCAAGAGUCUGCAGCGAGUAGAAAGGACCAUGUAGUCUCUGCAUUUCCAAAGACACAAAACAUCUACAAUAAACCCAAUGUAACACAAGCAAAUCCUUCUACUACAGGUAGACAAGAAAUGGACUCACAGCAGACAGAUUCUACACUGAAGAGCACUGGUUCUUCUUCAGCAGAGCAUGGCAGCAGUUCUACUUCUGUUCUUUCUUCAAGGUUUGGUUCUGGUCGAAGACAACCUGGAGUUUUGUUUAGAGGAAAUGCAACUCGAUUGCUAAAUGGCUACAAACCUGCCAUCACCACUCAGCUGAAAAUCCCAAGCAGAACCCAAAGCCAGGUUUCCUUAAACUCACGUACUUCAGCUAAUUCUCAGUCUACCUUACCAGAAAGAACUCAAAGUCAUGAAACAUCAUUGAGUUUCAUUCCGAAAACAUCCACAUCAACUUCAAGCUCGAACAGCCAUUCAACAUCAGGCUUGGAUAACUCUAACAAAUCACAGUUCACAUCAAAUUCAAGGUCUCGUGAUUCAAAAACUCUAUCCCCUUCACAGAGAAGAAUUUACCAUGCAACUGAAGACAAUCCAGGUUCUUCUCAGUCAACUUCACAAAGAGCAUCUCACAGCUCUGAAGCUUCACGCGAAAUACACAACUCACUCGUUUCACAUUCAUCACCUGAUCUGAAUGCAUCAUUCAAGGAGGGACAUGAUGACAGUAAUUACAAACAAGAAGAAGACAAAAAACCCAAAGUCGAAGUGCCCGCUUCAAGUUCUAGAGUACAACCCACAGAUCAAAAUAAAGAGGAAGAAAAAAAAGUUGAAAGCGCAAAUAAAAAGCCCACGCUUUCUCGUACUAGAAUUAGUUCUUCGUUUGCUGAACGGUUCCCUUGGCUCGCCAGUCGCUACCCAGACAAGUUUGUCUCAAGUACAAGGGRGUCAUCUUCCAGGCAAGAUGGAGGGACUUCUUCAACCAGGGUGUCAUCGUCUGUAGGGGCUGGCAGACCACUUUCAGGAGGGACACCUGUUAGGGUUUCAGGGGCUGCAGGCGUUACAGGAGAUUUGGUAAAACAGGACACCACUGAAGAUCUGAGAACUCCAUCCAAACAUGACUUGUUAAAGACUAGUGUUGGAGUGAGUUCAGUUAAGCCCUCUUUGAACAAUCAAAAUACAAGACCUGGUGACACUAAGAGUCCAACAACCUCCACGUUUUCAAACUCUGAAUCCAGCCCACGUGAAAAAUCAACUGGACACAAAGAUUUCAGUGAUCCCAUUCACAAAGAAAUCUCAAAGAAUGAUGAUCAUAAGGACGYCCUAAACUCAAGGAGUGGUGAAAAGAACGAGAAAGCUGCAGACCACAAGGCAGCUCAAGCAAAUCCUACGUUUACUUCAGCCAUCUACAGGAAUGGAGAAAAGGAUGAGAGUGGGAGUACAAGGGAGACUUCAUCCAGGACCAGGGCCGGCACUUCAAGUGGAGUCAGUCCAAGUCAGCGUCGUCUCGGUGUAGGAAUGAACGGACGACUGCGCUCUUCUCUGUUAGCCAACACGCAGUUUGGUGGGUCGAGGCUUCCUAUCAGGCCACAGCAGGUGCAAAACUCUCGACUGGGUGGUUCAACAUCGGACUCCUCAUCAUCGCUCGAUGCCUCUGCCUCCUUAAAUGUACCGAAACCUGCCUUGAACUCAGCUCAAACUGCUGGUGGUGACACUACUGUAACAAAAGUGUGGGGUGGCAACUCUCUGUCCUCAUCGUCAUCAAGUUUAAGAAAUCAAGGGGGAAGGCCUCGCUAUCCUAUUGUUAGAGGGAAACUGAACAAUGGAGGAGGAUUCAGAUCUGGCAAUGGAAAUGUAGGUAAAAAUGAACAACCAAAUCUGACUGCAACAAAAGAAAAAGAGACUCCUUCUUCUGGUGGAAAUAGCAAGACUACAGGGCAGAGGUUUAUCACUGGGCCCGAUGGAACCAAAUGGGUGGUUGACUUGGAGAGAGGGUUUCUAAUGAACCAGGAUGGGAAAAUUCUUCAGGACUCCCAAGGCAAACCCAAGAGAGUGGUCCUCGGAGAAGAUGGGCGUACCAUUUUUGACCACAUGGGUAGUCCUCUGGUGAGUCAGGAAGGCCUCGCUCUAUUUGGCCAUGGCAGAGACAGCCAGCCUGUGGUAAACCCCAAAGAUAAGGUCCUCACAGUCGGAGGAAAACCUGUUCUUGGUUUGAACCUGCUUCGCCCCAGGACAUCCAUCACCACAACCACAAAGGCUCCUACCACCACAGCAGAACCCACCACCACUGAGUGGACUACAGAGGUUAGCACUGCUCUGCCAUACCCAACCUGUCCACCUGGAACCUUCGCUAAAACAGAUGAAUAUGGAAACCCCAUUUUGGAUCCAGAGGGAAUUUUGGACUGUUAUCCAGAAG